AAAAAAAAAAAAAAAAAAGAAAUACCCACUUAAAACAAUUUCUUUAGGGACUCCCUAAAUUCAAAACCUAUUCGGAAGAGAUUACACAAACCAUUGAUUUGUUUUGGAAUAAGAUGUCCCAUAAAGGAGGAAUUUUAGAUAAGCAGUCUUUGAAUCAGAUUCCAGACCUGUCACUGCAGAUAAGCCUUCCGAACAGUGCUCCUUCUUCAAUAUGCACUGGCACAAAUGAUGUUGAUGAUUCAAUUUUCGAUCUUAAAUCACACAGCGACAGUUCAAUAAAAGUUGGGUUUCAAGCACAGGACAGUACUGUGCUUUCUUUAGCUAAUACAAACAAUAUAGCUUUAGAGGCAGAAAGCGCUUGGAGAAGAACAAGCUUUCCUGGCAGUGGCUGCCGCGAAAGGGAAGCAAGUAUAGACAUUCGACCAACUAACGGUCAAAUAAAUGAUGGGAUCUCAGUCUCUGCAGGGUUCAAAGCCAUAAAGGGGAUUCCAGUUUAUAACAGUUAUGGAGACAUAGCGGAUCCAAGAUUUUUCUAUAACCCAAUGUCAUAUUCAUCGUCUUGCACUCCUUACCCAGGCGAUAACUGCUCUUUUCCUGCCUAUAGAGUGACACCAGAGUAUCAUCACAAUCAUCAUCAAUAUGGGGGAGCAGAAGUUUAUGGAAAUGGAAUCAUUAGAUCAAGAUUUAUGCCAAAGCUACAGAACAACAAGAGGAACAUGAGAGCACCAAGAAUGCGAUGGACAAGCUCUCUCCAUGCCCGUUUUGUUCAUGCUGUGGAACUCCUUGGCGGCCAUGAAAGGGCAACACCAAAGUCAGUAUUAGAGCUUAUGGAUGUCAAGGAUCUAACGCUUGCGCAUGUCAAAAGCCAUUUACAGAUGUAUAGAACUGUUAAGAGCACUGACAAACCUGCAGCUUCCUCUGAUGGAUCCGCUGAUGAAGAUAACUUCUUGUCUGUAACCACUCCCAUUAGUCAAAAUGCUAACCACUUACUCAACAAUAAAGAACUUUCAACUUUCUCUCCUGAACAUGAAAAUGCUUAUUCAUGGUGUAGCAACUCUACCAGCAGAGGAAGAUGGCCAGAAACCCUAUCAACUCAACUGUCAUCUGGAAACCAAUUUAAGGGAAAUGAUUUAGCCCAAUCAAGAACCAUUAGAUCAUCCUCUGGUCUAGAACUUGAGACACCAAGUUUGGAGUUUUCCCUUGGAAGGCCUGACUGGCAAAGCAACGGACAUGAUUGAGUGUAUCAUGUGGCAAUUUUUUUUUUAUUAACUUUUUGCUUUCUAUUUUUUAGUGUAACAUACAUAUCAUAGAUAAUGACAAUGAUACAAGUAUUUUAAGGGUGAAGCAAGCUGUAAUGGGUAAAGCGAAUAUUAGAAAGGAGAAUACAUAGUACUGGUGUAAUUCCAACUCAAUAUGUCAAUGAAGAAAAAGAAAUUAUGAUGUCUUA